AUGGCGACUGGCGGCUGGGGUUACUCGGUCAACCCCUUUGCACAAGGGGGAUCUGCGACAGCGCCACCCGCGCCUGCGGAGGAGGCCCCGCGCCAACAAAAUGCGUUCGGCGCCUGGGGCGGCGGCGUCGGCACCGCUGCGCCCGCCCCGGCGGCGUCCCCCAAGCCCAACGCGCUCGCGGCGGCCUUCAACAUCGCGCCGGGCGGCGGCGGCGGGGGCGGCGGCGCGGGCGGCGGGAACCUGGCGCAGCGGGAGGCGGAGCUCGCGCGGCGAGAGGCUGAGCUGGCGCGGCGGGAGGCGGCGCUUGCGCAGAUUGCCGAGAACUCGAAGCCCAGUGUGAGCGCUUGGGCGGGCGGUGCCCGGUCUCCGCUGACGAACUUCCCGCCGUUCUGCCCCUUCAUGUACCACUCCAUCUCUGAGCAAAUUCCUGCCUGGAACCGUUCCAUGAUCCGCUUCACCUUUGUGAUCGAGCUGCUGGAGAUCCUUGGUGCGUGGUGUUGA